UCUAUGGGUGUCACAUUGCUUAUAAUCAUGAAAACAAUCACCAUUCUUCUGUGUGUUCUUGCAAAUCAGGUCACAAGCCACGCUAACGCUAUUCUUCCUGCGAGGAUCCUGGCCCAACAAAAAUCUUUAAGUGAGGACAGUGACCUUUAUGUAACCUGCAGUACAUUUGGAUUCAAGAAACAGAUCAUGGUUUGGGUUUAUUUAUGCAAGGAUGGCAUUUGGAUCGAUAAAAAUAAGCAGAAGCCAGAUCAAAAUGACACUACCUUUAUGAUACGCAGCGUUGGUCUUGAUUACAGUGGAAACUACAGCUGUGUUUACUCCAUUGGGAAUAAUUCGCUUCCCAAAGUAACCAUGAGGGGAGACAACGUCAUUCAGAUCCUGGUCAUAUCCAAUUUUCUCCCUGCAGAUAUUUCAGUCGUUGGGCCGUCCACUGUCAGCGAGGGAGACCAUGUUGCAUUCAGAUGUACUGUUUCUGUCACCCUGCAAACACUCGGUGAAUGUCAACUCAUCCACUCUUACCUAAGGAGGAAUGAGACCAUCCUCCAAGUGCAACCAUUUAAUGUCACCCGCAUGGAGGCGACUUUCACCAUCAAAGGUGCCGUCAUGAGGGAUUCAGGCCAUUACAGCUGCGUGGUGCUGCCAUCUAAAUGCAUCAGAGAGCAUGAGAAAACACUCUAUGGAAAUAAUGCAGUAUUACUCGAGGUCACAGUAAAUUGGGCCCUCCCAGUGUUUGUCUCUUGUGGAGCGAUAACCCUGAUGUUAUCGCUGGGUCUGAGUCUGUGGUGGAUCAACAAACGAGGUCAGAGGAUCGGAAGGAAAUCAAAAGCUGGCUACUCAGCUUCAUCUAAUCCAUGUACGGCGAGUCAGCAGGCUAAUACAGACAUGGUGGAGGAACAGCAGGUGCAGACAGAGGGAGAGGAUCUGGACACACAAGAAGGAGACUCUUUCAGCAUGGAAGAGGAAGAAGACUAUUACAAUGCUGUGGUUGCUGAGGACUUCACUUACUCCAAUGAUUGUGAGGGAGUGUACAAUGUUGCAGAUGAUCCACCACCUGCAGAACCAAAUCCAGCAUGUUUGUAUGCCAAGUCCUGCAGACGUAAAAAAACACCAGAUCCAGGCCUCACCUGAUAUUAAUUUCACUUAAAUGCAAAACUGGAACACCUGCCUGUGAUGUUUAGUUCAGUCUGUGUAUCAUGAAAUUAAGGAAAUGUUAAUAAUUAGAAUGGAUGAAUGAAGAUGUUUUCUGAAAGUGCAGUGGCUGUCGAACAUCUGAACAUUAUUACAGUCCACCUUAACAGCAAUAUAGCAGGAGGUUGGAUAGAAAAUGUCGUCAUACAGUACAUUCAAUUCUUAUAAGGAUCCUGUCUUUGUCGCAGAGGGGCGAGAUUACCUUUCGCAUAUUUAAUGAAAAGACUGGGUGUUACCGCUUUAUAAAAUAUACUACAAUUUGUUUUCAGUAAUAAACACGGCAGGUGUUGUAAAUUGUGUUGAUUGAUUUGAAUUUGUAUUAAACAUUGUAGAAAACAAAUCAUUCCUAUUGUUUCGUUUAAUCAGACACAAUUGUACGUUGUCGUCGCCAUUGUCCAUGUUGGUUUUGUAACACUGUCAAAUCAGUCAUCUAGUAGCCAGCUGCAUUCAUUGUUACCACAGUGUCCCCCCCUCAUGGAAGUUCAAGCCAAGAGUGCAAUGACCAAUCUGAUAAGAAAGGCACUCCAUCAGCAGCAGUGAUUGCGAUGACUAACCGUGUUGUUCAGCUGAUGAGCUAGCAAUCAAGAGGAGCACCCAAUAUCUGUGUCGCGGCUGCUUUCCUCCCCUCUCUCAUUACUGCCGCAGCUCCUGUGGGAGCAGAGGAGCUGAGAGAAAGAAUGAAGUAACAACUUUGUCAUCAAACAAUAGGAAGCAGCAUUGUGCAAUGCUGGAAAUGUUCAACUUUCAUUUCAUUUUAUUAUUUAUCUCGAAAAAUCAACAAUGUUGCGAAAGAAAACAAAACAAAAAAAUUAAAACCACAAAAUAAAACACAAACAUUCAGAAUUUAACCAAAGAAAUAAAAAAGGAUUAGCUCAAGAAGGAGCAGGCGGAAGAAAAUAGCUUCUUUUGUCCUGCCCCUUUUUCACAAAAUCAUAUUAUUACAGAGCAAAUAUAUAUGCAAAUACAGCAUACACAUUUUCAGGUUUUACAAUAACUUACAACAAUUCAACAAUAUACAAUAAUACCAAACAAUUCCAUUCCUGCGUUUCGGUCUAUUCUUUUCUGUAUUGGUCAAGUAUUGAUUUCUUUAAACUAUUUUUGAACUGAAUGAUAUUAUGGCUCUGUUGAUGUCAUUGUUCAGUCCAUUCCAUAAGGUCCCCCCACAAACUGAAACACACAUGCUUUUAACAGCAGUUCGCACAAGAGGUAGUCUGAACAUACAAUGUCCUCUUAGAUGAUAUCCCCCGUCUCUUUCAUUAAACAUUGCGCGUAUGUUACAUGGUGAAUUAUUUUCUUUAACUUUAAACAUAAAUUGUGCAGUUUUAAAUGCAACAUUGUCCAUAAAUUUCGGCAAAUGUGAAUUAAAAAAACAGAUGAUUAGUGUGCUCAUAAUACCCAGUGUGAUUUAUUAUUAUAAUUGCUCUUCUUUGCACUGUGCACAUAUUUCGUAAGUUGCUUUUGAAGGUAUUUCCCCAAACUUCCACACAAUAUAACAUAUAUGGUAAAAUAAGUGUGCAGUACAGAGUAUGUAUGUAUGUAUGUAUUUUGGUUCAAUAUGUAUCUAGUUUUGCUCAAUAUAUCAACACUCCUUGCCAUCUUCAUGCAGAGCUACUU